GCCAACAUACAGUCCGUUCGGCGGCCGGGGCGUUCGUCGCCAUGUCUCGUGUUCCUGUGAUAGUUCGUCGUCGGUUCCAACACUCCUCAGCCGACCGGCGUCGGAAGUGAGGUGUGCCGGCCCUGCCGGAAGCGUCAACUCGCCGCACUUAGCUGAUGAGGCAGGGCAGCAUCCAGGCAAGGGUGGCCUGGGAUGAUUACGGAUACAUGCAAGAAGUGUACAGCCAUAAUCCGAUGGAAAUCGCUCCAGCAUUCCAUCCCCAGCAGCAGCAGCAGACACCUCAUCAGGGCGUGGGCAUAGCCAUGUCCGGGCGGGGCGGUCGAUGCUGCCUGCAGCGCCGCCAUUCACGCACCCUACCUACCCCACUCCUGCGGAACCGCAUCCUCCAUCGCCGGUCCCGGUCGUCGCCGGCUACCUCAUGGCGCCGACGCGGUGGUCCUCCGCGUCGUCGUCUCAAGGUCAAGGCACAGAUACAACAUCCACCUCCACCAUCCGCCGGUGGAUGGCCGUCGAUGACGGUGUCACGACGACGAGCGAUCUGGUGGGUUUUCCUCCCUCCCGUUCUUCCUUCACCGCCACCGGUUGGCACGGCGAGAGUGCUCCUCAGCCGACCGGCGUCGGAAGUGAGGUGGUGCCGGAAGCGUCGUCGACUCGCCGCAGUGACCUGAUGAGGCCAAAGGGCAGCAACCAGGCAAGGGCAGCCUGGGAUGUUUGCAGAUGCAUGGAAGAAGAAGUGUACCGCCAUAAUCCGGUGGAAAUUGCUCCAGUGCAUGCAAUCCAACCCCAGCGGCAGCCACGGCCACCAGCUGCUAUUGUGACAAACACAUUACCAGAGCAAGGUUAUUCAAGCCAUGUUCCCACAGAACCUGCAGUGUCCACCCGUUUCGAUUAUCAGGCCACGCCAUAUAUAACAAAGUCAACGACGACUACAAAAAUGGAAGGAGGUCGUGCAACCUGGAGGUGGCGUCCUUUCAUGUGUUCGGGUUGCUACGUGAGCUAUUCCUAUUUUUUCUCCAUGAGCUGAGCGGAGGCGGCCCUCGUGUGCACCUGAGAAAAUGGGCGUGUUGUUACUACUACACUACUAGGUUUUGUGCUGGAAAUCUGGAAUAGCGGUUGUUAUAUGGAAAAUGAGCACGUGGCAGUUUGAUUUC